AUGAAGUCUAAGCCCAACUGUGCUCAGAAUCCAAACUGUAGCAUAAUGAUAUUUCAUCCAACCAAAGAAGAGUUUAAUGAUUUUGAUAAGUAUAUUGCUUACAUGGAAUCCCAAGGGGCACACAGAGCUGGCCUGGCCAAGGUAAUUCCACCCAAGGAAUGGAGAGCCAGGCAGUCCUAUGAUGAUGUCAGUGACAUCUUAAUAGCCACUCCCCUGCAGCAGGUGGUCUCUGGGAAGGCAGGUAUGUUCACUCAAUACCACAAAAAGAAGAAAGCCAUGACAGUGGGAGAGUAUCACCUCCUCCUCCAUGAGAAUGGCAUUCCCUUCAACCGCAUGACUCAGGAGGCUGGUGAGUUCAUGGUGACAUUCCCCUAUGGCUACCAUGCUGGCUUCAACCAUGGCUUCAACUGUGCGGAGGCCAUCAAUUUCGCUACUCCGAGGUGGAUUGAUUAUGGCAAAGUGGCAUCUCAGUGCAGCUGUGGGGAGGCCAGGGUCAGCUUCUCCAUGGAUGCCUUUGUGCGUAUCCUGCAACCCGAGCGCUAUGAGCUGUGGAAAUGCGGACAAGACAGGGCCGCAGUGGACCACACUGAGCCUACAGCGCCUGGUAGACAGGCGAUGACCACCUGGAGGGACGUCCUUUCACRUAGGAAAGCUUCCCCCAGCCUGAAACAUCUCCCACUCCGCCAGGCCUCACAAUCUGCUCUGCCCGAGUCCGCCACUGGUGAGACCCACUGCAGUGCUCAGGUGUGCCCGAUGCCCAACCUACCUUCGGCAGCCAGAAGUGCUGCAGUUCAGCCUAGGGCCACAGCCCACAGCUCCCAGGGGCCUGAAACAGUUCCGCCACUGACCCUGCAUCCGUCAGUUCUGACUGGCAGACGUGGUCGUGGUCGUCGUCCUAGGGAACUAAGGGUUCAGGAACAGACUUCCCAGGUUCCAGCCAAGAGACGCCUGUCUGCUGGCACAGCCAGCAUAGCUCUGGACCCAAAGCUUCGGCUCAAAACUGCUCAUGGAGAUUUAGUGAUCAACCCUGAACCUCUAAGCCCUAGGCUGCAGCACCCUGCUAUGACCCCCAAGCCCUGA